AUGGCGGACGCCGAAGAAGACUACUCGUCCUUGCCUUUACCAGACCGCUUUACACACAAGAUAUGGAAAGUAAGAAAAGAAGGUUACGAAGAUGCCGCGAAACUGUUUGAAAAAACACCCGAUGAAUCAGAUCCUGUAUUCCGCCCUUUCAUACAAGACCCAGCUUUGUGGAAAGGCGCGGUUGCUGAUUCCAACGUUGCCGCGCAACAAGAAGGUCUCGGAGCUUACUGCGCCUUUCUGAAAUAUGGUGGUAUUCAGGCUUGCACAAGAUCGCGAGGUGUGACUAUUGGCCCUAUCGCCGAAAAAGGUCUCCCUUCUACGCGUCCUGCAGCGAAAGCGAAUGCGCUCGAAGCUCUUUUACUCUGUAUCGAAAUUGAAAAGGCCGAACCCGUGAUCGAAGAUCUACUCCCUGUUUUGUCGGCCAAGCAACCGAAAGUCAUUGCCGCGGUGCUAGCAGCUCUGACCGCGAUAUAUCAUAAUUAUGGUUGCAAGAUUGUCGAUCCGAAGCCCGUCCUCAAAACUCUGCCCAAGGUCUUUGGGCACGCCGAUAAAAAUGUACGUGCCGAAGCGCAGAAUUUGACGGUGGAACUCUAUCGGUGGUUGAAGGAGGCUAUAAAAUCUGUCUUCUGGAAUGACCUGAAACCAGUCCAGCAACAAGAUUUAGAGAAGCUAUUCGAAAAAGUUAAAGAGGAGCCGUCGCCGAAGCAGGAGCGCUUGACGAGAGCGCAACAAGACUCAAUUGCUACUGCACCUGUAGGCGGUGGAGAUGAUGGUGACCAAGAUACUGGAGAAGACUAUGAGAAUGAUGAUGGCGGCGAAGUCGAUCCGUUCGACCUAGCUGAACCGGUGGACGUGAUGCCCAAGGUUCCCAAGGAUCUUCAAGAACAACUAAGCUCGACAAAAUGGAAGGAUAGGAAAGAGGCUUUGGACGCGUUAUAUAAUGCUGUCAAUGUCCCUCGUAUUCAGGAUGGAGCCUUUGACGACAUCGCCAGGGCUUUGGCGAAAUGCAUGAAGGACGCAAACGUUGCGGUAGUCACGGUCGCUGCUAAUUGUGUGGACCUACUGGCCAAAGGACUUCGUUCAAGAUUCUCCAAAUACCGCCCGGUGGUCAUGGCGCCAAUCAUGGAGCGUUUAAAGGAAAAGAAACAAUCUGUGGCCGAUGCACUCGGUCAGGCGUUAGAUUCGGUGUGCUCUUCCACCAGCUUGUCUGACUGUUUGGAGGAUAUCCUGGAAUUUCUGAAACACAAGAACCCACAAGUGAAACAAGAGAUAUUGAAGUUUUUAAUCAGAUCCCUCCGAACAACCCGGGAAGUCCCCGCGAAACCAGAAGUCAAGGCAAUAGCAGAGGCCGGCACGAGACUUCUUACAGAAUCCAGUGAAGUUACUCGCUCAGGAGGCGCGGAGAUUCUGGGAACAUUGAUGAAGAUUAUGGGUGAACGAGCCAUGAACCCUUUCCUAGAUGGCUUGGAUGAUAUCAGAAAAACAAAGAUCAAAGAGUACUUCGAUACUGCCGAAGUCAAGGCUAAAGAUCGUCCCAAGCCAAUUGUUGGUCCACCAAAAGCUGCCCCGGCUACGAAAAAGACUGCACCAAGCGCCAAAAAGGCAUUGGGGAUGAAGAAGCCGGCCCCUGUUGCUGCACCACCACCUCCAGCUCCUGAGGAAGCUUCUCCACCUCCUAAAAAGGCUGCCCCUAAAAUGGGUCUUGCGCGGCCUGGAGGCAUUCCUAAACCAGGCCUUGGUACCCCAAGUGCUGGGCUGAAGAUGCAAAGACGGAUACCGGGUAUUGGUGGCGCAGCUCAAGGUUCGCCGCAGCGUCGUACAGCUUCACCACCCCCUGAAGAUGUAGCCCCUCUUCCAUCACAACCAAAGUUCGGCUUGGGACGCGGGCUUACCGGUCGGCCCAUUGGCAAGCCUUCCGUAUCAGCAGACGCCCCCCGUGCAGCAACUCCCGUUGCCUCUGGCCUCACAUCUGUUGAACGUGCCGAAUUGGAAGAGCUGCGGCUUGAGAGAGACCGUCUUCAUACGAUGAACGAAGAAUUAAAAGCCGAGAAGGUGAAACUCACCUCACAAAUAACGGAAUUCCAGAAUCAAAACGCGCAGCUUAUUGAAGACCAUACUCGCGAUGUGUUGAGCAUCAAAGCCAAGGAAACACAAUUGGUGCGUGCACGCAGUGACGCCGAGACUGCGGAACAAACCGUCCAAAAACAGCAACGCGAAAUUGAGCGACUGAAACGAGAGUUGGCUAGAGCAGUUCGUGCAGCGACAUCAAGUCCACCGCCACCUGUACUCGCAGAUGGCCACAGCAGUGGAGGAGUGGACACCGCCCCCCUGUCUCCUGACGCACAAACAUAUAACAGCAAUAGUUCUCGUUCUGGUCUAUAUACGGGCACACGGCUCGAUAGCACUCGACCUCGAAGCUAUAUAUCUAGUCCUAGCGACGAUAAGGAAAAUAACGGCCUGGUGUCACCCAGCCUAGACUCGAAUUAUGACCAUGCCUUUGGACGCAGAAAGUUCAGCCCUCCAGUCAGCGCAGGCCUUUCUAGUCGAGGAAGCCCGAGCCGACCUAAUGUUCGCUAUGCUUCUACCGGCAGUAAUAAUGGCGACGAACAACAGUCAGUGACGAGAUCAGCAGAGCCGGCCGAAAACUGGAAACGAGCAGCUGAAGUGACGAGUCAACUUAAAGCGAGAAUUGAGCAAAUGAAGGCACGACAGGGUCUCUCCCGGCCUCCACCAGCAGGCCAAUAG